AUGCCAAACACGCCGCGAACCAGAAAAAGAAACAACCUCAGCCGCCUCAACCUAAACCUAUGUUUCUCAAAUCCAAUGCAACCCUUCACACCCGAGUCUCCUACAUCCGUUGAUCACAAUCACAACCCUGCAUCCUCACCCGCCACGUCAUCAACGAACCUCGAAUCCAAAUCCGAACCCGAACCUGCCGACUUCGCCACCGCCUGCGCCUCCCAGCGCUUCUUCUUCUCCUCCCCCGGCCGCUCCAACUCCAUCGUCGAAUCCACCGGCGCCGCCGUGGAGGAGAGGGCGAGGGCGGCGUUCUCCGGGAGCGUGGCGGUGGCGACGUACUCGCCGGACCCUUACGCGGACUUCCGGCGGUCGAUGGAGGAGAUGGUGGAGGCGCGUCCGGAGUUGAUGGACGUGAAGUCCAAUUGGGACGUGCUGCAGGAGCUUCUUCUCUGCUAUCUGGCGCUCAACCCCAAAACCACGCACAAGUUCAUUCUCACUGCCUUCUCUGACCUUCUCGUUAGCCUCGUCGGCUUCUCCUCCUCCGCCUCUUCGCCGCCGCCGAAUCCCGCUCCCGACGACGUCGCCUCCGGUGGCUGUUCCAAUUAGAUUUAAGUUUUAACUGUUGAGAAUUUGCAUGUGCAUCUCUAACUGUGAAACCUGAACCCGAUCCCAAAGUUGGUCCCCGUUGCUAUGCAUUCGGUGUCCUUAUGCAUCUUUUCCAAAUUUUUUUCUUCUUCUCUGUGUGGGAAUAGUACCAAUAUUAUAUAUAUCGUAAAAGUCACGUUUUUAUAAUACUACAUUUUUUUCUUCUUCUAAUUUUCUAUUAUAUAUUUUAUCUUAUUUCAUAAAUUUUAUAAAAAUUUGAAUAGGAACUUUAUUACUCUUAUUUCAUAAAUGUUAUAAUGUGACUAAUUUUAUUUCAA